AGAACAGGCAAAGGGUGUGUAUGUGUUGGCCUGGGCUGACCAUAUGGUUAGCAGGGAGGCGUGGAUAGAGGAAAACAGUCUUGAGGGCGACGAUCAGGGACAUAUGCCCGAGAAAAGAACCCAGUUAGAAACUAGCAAUCUAAAUAACCUGUGCAGAUAUAGUUGGGUUAAAUUAGUUAGCUUGGUAGGUAGGUAACGUUAGCCAGUUAGAUGACAUUCUGACUCUGAAAAGUGGAAAAUCGGAUUAACAUUCAAGACUGCGCACCUAGCCUAAUCAUCUUGUCAACUGGCUGAGUUACUUCUUUCAUAGAAGAAACUGCCUGCUUAGUUGUCAGUUGACAGUUAGGUCGCUACAUGCAUAUUUACAAAUCUACGUUUCUUGUUAGUUCUCUUUGCAUGGUUUUAAGUUUGUAAGCAACACUUUGGAUGUGACUCAAGGCAGCGAACUUAAUGUAACGUUACCUGCAAUCCUGGUGGUUGAGCUGUCAGUCUGAGAUAGCGAAUCGAGUAACGUUAACGUUAUUUCAGCGAGCUUCUGAGGACAGUGUCGACUCUUCUGGAUUUCAUCGAUUUGGGAAUUUUAUUUGGUGACUACAGCGACAGUUUAACCAUGCCGAUCAAUUAUAGCACUUCGGAACUUUCUAUUCGUAUCGGUUGUUUUGAUUAGAUUGUUUUGAUUAUCGGUUGUUUUGUUUAGCGUUAGAUAUUAACACUAGCUAGCUAGAUAGGCUAGUUGGUUUAGAAAGUGGAGUAAAUGCAUUGUAGUUGGAAGUGCCAUUAACUGAAAAGGUUUAGUUGGUAGUGACUAACGGCGGUGGCCAGCAAGCUAGCCAACCAAUUUUCUAUCUCUGUCUCUUUACCAGAGGUAAUAACAGAAAUUAGCAGUUCAGUUAGCUAGAUAUUGUACGUCACUGUCUAACAACUUCACUCAACGGCUUGUUUGACCUGGUCAAACGAGUAUGUCGGGGAAAGACCAAAAAGAAAAACAAUCUACCACUGAGCGGCUCGUCAAAACGGUGCCGCUUCCUCCUCACCAGCGGCUCACGUUGAAGGACCUGUAUGUGGACGGCAAGCCCAAUCCCGAGGUCCUGAGGAGCCACCUGGUGAAAGAGGGCCGCUUGGAGGAGGAGGUGGCCCUGCGCAUCAUCAGCGAUGGCGCCAACAUCCUGCGACAGGAGAAGUGCAUGCUGGAGGUGGACGCGCCCAUCACAGUAUGCGGUGAUGUCCACGGCCAGUUUUUCGACCUCAUGAAGCUCUUUGAAGUGGGCGGCUCGCCCGACAACACACGCUAUCUCUUCCUGGGAGACUACGUAGACCGGGGCUACUUCAGCAUCGAGUGUGUGCUAUACCUCUGGUCGCUCAAAAUCAACCACCCCAAUACCCUCUUCAUGCUCAGGGGCAACCAUGAGUGCCGGCACCUCACAGAGUACUUCACCUUCAAACAGGAAUGUAAAAUCAAGUAUUCAGAGCGAGUGUAUGAUGCCUGCAUGGAAGCAUUUGACUGUCUGCCUCUGGCUGCUCUUCUUAACCAGCAGUUCCUGUGCGUCCACGGCGGCCUCUCCCCAGAAAUCAACUGCUUAGACGACAUUAGAAAACUAGACAGAUUUAAGGAGCCUCCGGCGUUUGGGCCCAUGUGUGACCUCAUCUGGGCGGACCCGGGUGAGGACUACGGCAGCGAGAAGACGGCGGAGCACUUCAACCACAACUCGGUGCGAGGCUGCUCCUACUUCUUCAGCUAUGCGGCAGUCUGCGACUUCUUGACAAACAAUAAUUUGUUGUCAGUAAUAAGAGCGCACGAAGCACAGGAUGCAGGGUAUAGGAUGUACAGGAAAAGCCAGACGACGGGUUUUCCAUCACUAAUCACAAUCUUCUCCGCACCAAACUACCUAGACGUCUACAACAAUAAAGCUGCUGUAUUGAAAUAUGAGAAUAACGUGAUGAACAUCCGACAGUUCAACUGCUCUCCUCACCCGUACUGGCUGCCCAACUUCAUGGAUGUCUUCACGUGGUCUCUGCCUUUCGUCGGAGAGAAAGUAACGGAGAUGCUGGUGAAUGUUUUGAACAUCUGCUCCGAUGAUGAGCUCAUGACUGAGGGAGAUGACCUUGACCUCUGUGAAGUGGUGCGCAAGGAUGUGGUGAUCCGGAACAAGAUCCGUGCCAUCGGGAAGAUGGCCCGAGUAUUCUCCGUUCUCAGGGAGGAGAGCGAGAGUGUGUUGACACUCAAGGGCCUGACCCCCACUGGUACCCUACCUCUUGGAGUGUUGUCAGGUGGCAAGCAGACCCUGCAACAUGCCACCCUAGAAGCCAAGGAGGGGAAAGCUAUUCAAGGUUUCUCUCCCACGAGGAAGAUCCGAAACUUUGAGGAGGCACGGGGCCUGGACAGGGUGAACGAGAGGAUGCCACCCCGAAAGGACGGCCAGCAGCCACCUGACCCAAACGCCGUGAAGGCCGGAACCGAUGCCGAAAAGAAUGGCACGGAUGGAAAGGCAUAGAUCGGUUAGCCUGCCCGGUGGCCCUCCUGCUCCAAACACAACCAGGCACUCACCAGUGUUCACUUUCUUUCUUUCUUUCUCUCUCUCUCUGUGCAUCUCUGUCUUUCCAGUCUUUGUUUCUAUUUCUCUUUCUGGAGUGCUCUACUUGCUCUUCUUUUAUAUCUGUUUUUUUUUUCUCUGUCAAUCUGUCACACUCCGUAUCUCCUUUUCUCUCGAUUCUGUGGUUUUCGCAGAGACUGUCCUCCUGCUAGCCUGUCCUAUCAGGCCGUCAUAAGUUGGGAGGAGAAAGUGGAUCUGUAAGCUCGAGAGAAACAGAUCCCUUUCAACCGAGAAUUAAAAAAAAAAAAAAAAGGAGGAAAGGUUUUUUUUAUUUAUUAAAUUAACUGUAUUAGAUGUAUUAGAGACAGUUUACUCUUUGGAGAAGGGAAAAAUGGCCAGGUAUACAGAGCAUUUGUCAACACCACAAACAGUCGUGCUCAUUUGUACUCUUUGUCAAGGACCGCAAUCCAAUCUCCAGUCUCUCUUCUCCUCUCCAAAUGGCAUCCGUCUCUACUGUGUGUGAGAACACUAAAAGGGAACACACUAAAAGGGAUGUCUUAAUCUGAAAAAAAAAAAAAAAACAUAAGGGAUCUUAAUCAUGCCAUUGCAGAAAAGUUUUUUUUUUUUUUUUUACUUUGGGAAAGAGUAACAGAUGUUGCUGUACGUUCUUUGUUAUUUUGGACAAUGAUUGAAUCAGUUAAAUGGAAAAGAAAAAUGGUAGUUGUAGCUGCUUGGGGAUUCAAUGUCUUAUUCCCACAUUUAAAAAAUAUAAGCAUUUAUAUAUGGGUGUAUUUUGGGUGUAUAUAUACGGUAAAUAUAUUUUUGGCCCCUCACAAAUAAGCUUUCAGUUUAAUUAAUUAUCAAUUGGAAUCAGAUUAUGUGGUAUUUUUGUUGAUUUUCUUGCUCCUCUUAAAUUGAAAUGUAUGACUAUUGGCGCCAGGUGUUUGGUGUCCUAACUACUAGACCAAAGUCUGUUAGAGGAUGGGGUGUGGUUAAUGUAAUUCCCCCAAAGACUAAGCUGCCAGACCUGUAGGUGCUGACUACACUCCUCUGUUAGCAGAGGAACACAAGGCAGAAGCCCAGUGGCUGAUGGAAGAAAUGCUUAUACCCUACUUGGGUAGUGCAAGAAUCGUGUUGAUUGACAGCCCAUGGGAUGGGAUCAAACCAAAUGGGCAGUGGGGGGUGGAGGGGUGGUGGCUUCAAUGCCAAACUGGGAUCUGCUACAUUAUUCCAGGUAUAGGAAUGGUAAGGACUGCAAUUUAUGAUAGACUGAAAGUGUGGUUUUAAAAUAUCCGUUGAAAAUGAUUAUGCCAGAUUGUUGAUUCUCUUUAUGUUUUUUUGUUAUUUUCUUAAAACCAUGCUAUUCAGCCAUUCCGUUUGGUAGUAGUAACACUACGUCCAGAUCUUAAUCUUUGGAUUAAUGAAUGUGUGAAGUCAACAUUUGUCUCCACCUGCUGUUGGUUCUCUGUAAGCUCACCAUGUAAGGCAGGGUUUUGUGGGCAUUGUUGAGGGAGGUACUCCUUUCACAAAGAAGGUUCAAAUUCACCACCUUAUUGCAUUGUUAGCAUGGUGCUCAUAAUAAAAAAUGAUAGUAGGUUCCAUUGUGCAUAAUGAUGUGUUUCAACUGUUUGUGGAAAUGUUUUGUUAAAAUGGCAUAACAAUAGCUUUAAUUUUUUACCACCUAAUCCAAUACUGUAUCAAUUUCUAAAUAUAUACUGACUGAAUCUCACAAACUGACUGAGACCACUCACCUGUUGCAACUAAAACUAUUGAAGAAAAAACUUGACAGGAUUUCAGUAUUUUGCAAACCACCCUCCAGCCAUCACUUCGAUUUCACAUACUCUAAGGAAAUGUAUUCACAGGAGGGCCACUGCAUUUAGGCACAUACACAAACCAUCUGUGUAGCACAGGCCUACAUGUCCUCCCUAGAGGGUACUGAUACCCUGACCUUCCCUUUAGUCUGUGCACACCUCAGAGCCCAUCUGAGCGCUUGGUCAGGGCAGGAGGAUGUGCAAAUGUGGGUCACGUAUCUACAUCUGACACUCGUAUAUUUUACUUUGUUUCUCUGUUCUUUUUUUUUUGUAAGUGUGUUCAUAUUAAAGGGUCUACAGAACAUGAUCAUGAGAAGUCUCUAAAUGCAUUUGUUGCUUUAUCAGUCUUACUUUUUUUUUUCUUUCUUUUUUUUUUUCCUCGCACCAAAGAGUGUGAGCAGACAAACAACAGUGUGAGUGGUAGCGUUUGGUGAGGUGUAAAGCCCGGCUAGGGUAGAGUCGCUGACCAAGGUCAGGUUCUUAACAUAUCUCACAGAAUGUACAGAAAUAUACUUUAUUACUAAGAGUCUCUUAAUAGGUGUGUUAAAAUAAAAAAAAAGGGGUCGAUCCUUAUGUCGAGUACCUGUAUUGCGAGUCAACUGUCAAAUCUUGAAUUUAUGUAGGUGUAUCAGUUGAGAAAUAAAAAUGGAAUACGGAAGUCUUUA